AUAAAGAUAACAAUAAAAAAAGCCAACAAUUAGCAACUCUAUUAGAUGAAUCAGCAAAACUAACCAAAGAAAAAGUAGAAAAACAACAAGCAAUUGCUAAAAAAACUAGUAAAAAAAACGAAUUAAAGCACUUAAUACUUCAUCAAAAAGGAGUUGAACGAGAAAAAGCCCGAAUUCUGGGUCAAACUGUUCCUAACAUGCCCUCAGUAACUACUGAUAAAUCUGCUUGGAAUGCCGAUGAUGGAGCCUGGAAUAGUUUUCACGGAAAAAAGGCUGACGGUUCGGCCACCACUAAUCAUUAUGAUUGGGACGAUAGAAUAAAAACUUUUUACCCCGCUACUUACAAAGAUAAUCUUUAUAAAGUAAAAGGGGAAAGUUUUCACAUUACAGAAGAUGAAGCGAUAAAAUUAUUAAGCCGCAUAAUUUAUGAAUUAGGUCGAAUAAAAAAAGCUGAUUUUGCUGCUAAACAUGGUUUGACCGGUACUGAUAAAACCGCUAUUGAAGCUCAAUUGGAUAGAUUAAUAGAACAGUCAACCGCUAUUAAGGAGAUGAACGAAAAAGGGGCCAGUGACGCUUAUACUGAAGAAGAAUUGGCUGAUUAUGGAAUAACAGUCUCCGACAGUUCCAAGACUACUCUUUAUAAAUCAAUUAAAAAAGAGGCCGAUAACCAGGCUAAAAUAAAGUCUUCUUUUUCGACUACUCCUAACCCAGUUCAACAAUUAUUUACCGAUUUAAGAAGUCAAGGGGCAGUAGAUGCCAACUUCAAUACUCACUAUCGUUUACCCGAAAGUAGUGAUGCCCUGGAUGAUUUGAUUGCUCAAUUGGAAGCUGAUAAAACUGUGAGUGCUGUGACUAAUGCCGAUUUGGCUAAGGAAAUCCAAGAACUUAAAAAAGAAAUUGCCGAAAAAGAGAGUGAGAUAAUUAGUAAAAAAA